UGCCUACUUGUAUUCUCUCUCUCUGUCAAAUAAGUAAAUAAAAUAUUUAAAAAAAUAUUUUAACUUGAAAAGUGAAGGAAUCAGAACAUACGUGCUCUGCUUAAUUUUCAAGAGGACCCUUUUCCCCGCCCCCCCCCCCCCAUUGCCUGACCUGCGACCGUUCACCACUCCAGACCCUAACAGCCUCCACCCCCUCUUUGUACAGCCACAUCUCAGGCACUGUUACCUCGGGCUGAUGGUUGGUUGGGACAGUAUUGGAAAUGCAUAUUUGGAGGCUGGGCAGUGGUGGCCUUCUUGCCUUUUGUGGGCCAUCUUGUUGUUUCGGUUCCAGGAUGGUGAUCAACACUGAGAGCAAUAUUCUCAUGUUCCAGUUUGAGAAUAUAAAGUGGCAGUACUCCAUGGACCAGGCCAAACAAAAGAAGAAAGAUAAAGAUGAGGACAGGGAAGAAAAUGACCUCACAGAAGUCGCCUCCAGGUCUAGCACUCAGGUUUUCAGCCCGAGGGACUCGAUGUCCAGUAAACAAACUGUGGGCCAGGAGUCCCUGUUAAGUAAACCAUACAGGUCCCGAGUUUUCCUGAAGGACACCCGGGCACCUACAGAAGUCUUAUCAGAGGGACCUAAAAGUCAAAGAAAGUCAAAAUCACCCCAGAGGGAUGGCAAGAAGAGAGUGAGCGCUCUUUCUAAGGAAGUACGCGGCAUUGAUGGUGGGCAAGAGAGUUUGGAAGCAAAAUCCCUCGCAGGAGAUACAACGAACGAGGACGAGGAGAAAGUUCCACCUGGAGACUUGAUCAGGCGCUCAAAGAAAAAGCGCUGGCAAAUCCCCAUGUCGCCUGACCAGUUCCUUCUCACGGUGAAUGCCCUGCAGCGGGCCCAUAAGUCAGGGGAGUUUGCCUAUCCCCAGAGGCCCCAAACCCAAGUCAUUGAUGCCUGGGGACCUUCAAUUUCACACCCAAGGAAGGUCCUGAAUUUCAAAGGAAUAUCAGUCCAACAGGCAGUUAAUAGGUUGCGACAUAGCAACCCACCCAUCGACGUGAAGCAAACCAGUAUUCCCCUGGAGAUCCAGAAACUGCAGCCCAACCUGAAGAACUCUUUGCACAGUCCCCAAGUCCAGUCCACCAUACCCCAGCCUGUGAUCGUCUACCCCAGAUUCGCUGGUGGCCUUAAGGGAGAAGACCAAGCGACCGGCCCCAUCGGCGGGACAGUGCGUAGCUGUAGCCCUUUAACCAGCCUGCAGGUCAUUAAACCGAACCGCAUGCUGGCUCCCCCCGUGGGCAUGAGAACCAAGUCCAUCAAGAAAGAUCGACCUCGCUUCUACACGACCCUUGAUCCCUUUAGAAUGAACACCGAGUUCAUGUUGUUGACCGUAAAGGAGGAAACGGAGUACAGGGAGGCCAAAAUGAAGGAGUUCCAGGCCAGAAAGCCCAGAGACGUGGUCAGUCCAGAAAAAGCCAGCAGAGCUGCCUGGGUCAGGAAGAUCAAAGGCCUGCCGAUCGAUCAUUUCAUGAAGCAAGGGAAGACAGCAGCCCCUGAACUUGGACAAAACGUAUUUAUCUGAACCAGCUUUGGCAAAUGAACAUCUUACAAUAAACAGAGAACCCAA